UAUGCCUUCUUUUAGCUACUUUGAUGAAAAUGAUUCAAGUAUUCCAAUAUUUGAAUUAUGGUAAUAUUGAUUAUUGAUACAAUUAGUUGGAUUGCCAAAUAGUGUCCAAGCUGUGUAAUUGUACAUAUUUAUUUAUUAAACAGAUUCCCCUCAAUACCUAAUGACAAUGGGCAGCUCACAACAAUCAAAACAGAUUUGCAAUAAAACAAAAGGAAGAAAAAUAAACUAUGACAGGAACAGCAAACUGGAUGGGAAUGAAGGAAGCGGUCUGGCUCUCUUUCACCAAAGACCUUCAUGGCUCUUCUAAACAACCAGAGUGGGGGCUACUUAUUUCAUGGCAGCAGUACUAGAGAGAAGACAUGCUUCCUGGGUCCUUUAGAUGACAUUGUUUAAUCAAAGCUACCUAGACAACACCAACCUUGCAAAAUCAAAUUGGCUGAACAGAUUCUAUUGGAGACAGGUUUUCAAUGCAAACACAGCUGAAUUAUUGAGUCAUCACCAAGUGGAAAUCCAGCAGAAAUUCCCCAAAGAAGGGUGGGUAGAACAAGACCCAAAGGAAAUAUUGCAGUCUGUCUAUGAAUGUGUUGAAAGAACAUGCGAGAAAUUGAACCAGCUGAAUAUAGACAUUUCCAACAUAAAAGCUGUUGGAGUUAGCAAUCAGAGAGAGACAACUGUAGUUUGGGACAAAAAAACUGGAGAACCUCUGUAUAAUGCUAUUGUAUGGCUUGACCUAAGGACUCAAUCUACUGUUGAAAGACUUCUUAAAAGGAUUCCAGGAAAGAAUAAAUCCUUUUUUAAGAGUAGGACUGGUCUCCCUCUUAGCACAUAUUUCAGUGCUGUGAAACUACGCUGGCUUUUGGACAAUGUGAAAGAGAUCAGGCAAGCAGUUCUUGAUGGGAGUGCUCUUUUUGGUACUAUUGAUUCAUGGUUAAUAUGGAGUUUGACUGGUGGAAAAAAUGGAGGUAUUCAUUGCACUGAUGUAACCAAUGCCAGUAGGACAAUGUUGUUCAACAUUCAUUCAUUAGAGUGGGAUGAUGAGCUCUGCAAUUUUUUUGAAAUUCCCAUGGAAAUGCUUCCCAAAGUGCGAAGUUCCUCAGAAAUCUAUGGAUUACUGAAAAUUUCUCCUACCCUGAGUUCUGGAGCUUUGACUGGUGUGCCAAUCUCUGGGUGUUUAGGUGAUCAGUCUGCUGCAUUAGUAGGACAAAUGUGCUUCAAGGAUGGCCAAGCAAAGAAUACAUAUGGAACUGGCUGCUUCUUACUCUGCAAUACGGGCCAUAAGCCUGCACUUUCUGAGCAUGGCCUCCUAACCACUGUGGCUUACAAAUUGGGCAGAGACAAGGCAGUAUAUUAUGCAUUAGAAGGCUCUGUUGCUAUUGCAGGAGCUGUUGUUCGUUGGUUGAGGGACAAUCUUGGUAUUGCAAAAUCUUCAGAAGAAGUAGAGAAACUUGCUGCUGAAGUGGGCACGUCUUACGGCUGCUACUUUGUUCCUGCAUUUUCAGGAUUAUAUGCACCAUACUGGGAACCCAGUGCAAGAGGAAUUAUCUGUGGCCUUACUCAGUUUACAAAUAAAAACCAUAUUGCCUUUGCUGCACUAGAAGCUGUCUGCUUUCAAACACGGGAGAUAUUGGAUGCAAUGAAUAAAGACUGUGGGAUACCACUUAGUCAGUUACAAGUUGAUGGAGGAAUGACCAACAACAAGAUCCUUAUGCAACUCCAGGCUGAUAUUCUUUGUAUUCCAGUAGGAAGAUUUACAUUGCUCUUCCUGUCACUGAUAGUGUUGUCAUGGAAAGGCAAUUCUCUGCUAGCACCUUCCUUUAAAAAUGCUGCAAUGGGAUUAAAGGUAAAGCCAUCCAUGCCUGAAACCACAGCACUUGGAGCAGCAAUGGCAGCUGGAGCUGCAGAAGGGGUGGGAGUCUGGAGCUUACAUCCUGAUGAUUUCACAGCAGUAACAUGUGAACGUUUUGAGCCACAGAUCAAUCCAGAGGAAAGUGAAUAUCGUUAUACCAGAUGGAAGAAAGCUGUUAAGAAAUCAAUGGGGUGGGAGACAUCAGAACCUCAAGGAAACAGUGAAACUAGUAUCUUCUGUAGUCUGCCUUUGGGCUUUUUUAUAAUGAGUAGCCUGUUAAUGUUAAUCGGAGCAAAGUAUAUCUCAGGUAAAUUCAAAUGAGGCAUUUUAAUGGAUUUCAGGAGACUGUAACAACUCAAAAAGAAUGUGGUGCUUUCUUAACAAUUUUAAUGGCAUUAUUUUGACACGGUUCACUGUCAAAGUAACUAUUUAGGAAAGGGAUUUAAUCAGGAACAAGCAAAAUAUAGCUGCCACUACCUAUCUGCUUUAAAAGUAAAGUGGAAAGAACUCUUGGUUAAUUUCUGUAACUGCUAUCACUUGUUUUGUCCACUUUGAAAUGAAACAUGAAAUAAAAAAAGUUAAUGUUUUUUUUUUUUAAAAAAAAAAACACCACCACCAUAUGGUACACUUCAAGAACUUCAUUGUAUACAUUUAUGUAAAGUUGUGAUUUCUUUUUAGAAAUUGCUUAUAGCAAUACUUUCAAAAAUCAUCUUUCUUAUCGACUGAUUAGAACCUCACUGAGAAUUGAAGAAUCAGUAAUAUAUUUUGUAACAAGGAAAGAACAGUUAUUUAUUCAUCCUUUUCAUAUGCAUUGGUUAUCAUAUUAAGGAUUCUAAGCUACUAAAUAAGACUGGUAGACUUCAGAAAGCUUAUUUAAAAUUAAACCUAGUAUUUAAAAUAUACUGUGUAUGUAUAGCAAGAAAGCUAUAUAUUUGAAAUACUGUAAUAUAAAUCAAAUUGCCAAGUGUAUGGAUAUGAAGAUUAAAUAUGAGCUUUAAAAGUUCAGAUACCUACACUUAUGUUAGUAAAUAAUCAUAAUAUUUAUGGGCUUUGGUUGAAAACCACAAACAUUUUUCAAUCUUUCAUUUUACUUAAAAGUUUGGACCAAAAUUUGCUUCUCAGUGGGAUACCAUUAUAAGCAGUGGCAAUCAUGAUUUCUGGAUAUAAUAUUUUAGAUAUCCAAAGAAUAAAAUAACUUUUAUAGGUCCCAAAGUUUAAUACUAAUGUAUAUCAGAACAAUACUUUAUAAUAUUCAUAUUUUCAUUAAGAAUUCAAAUAAAAUCAAACAUUGAUGGCUUGCAGAUUGAUCCCCUUUCAAACUGAGGAUAUAUUUGGUAAAAUGAUGUCAAACAGCUCAUAGAAAUCUCCAUGUUCUUUGAAAUGUAUCUUCAAUGCACACUAUCCUUCUUUUCAUAGUUAGACUUCUCUAGGGUAGGGUUCAGGAUUUGCUUUGCACACUACUGGAAUGAGGUGGAGUUGAAAAUACAGUGAAUCUAGGCUGCUACUAUUUGAAGAUGCUUCAAGACUAUUCUAGUAUAACAAAAAAAAUGCCUGUGGAGAGAUUAACAUAGCUUCUUCCCUGCAUAAAAAUUAUACAAUUAAAAGGUAAUAGAAAAUUGAUCUGCUGCUCUCUUAUAAAACUCUCCUGAUUCAAAGUGCAGUGUGUAAACAUAUUGAAAGGUAGCAAUAUUUUAAUGUAUACACACUGGCAGCUAAAGAAUAUGUGCCUGGUGAAACGGUUUCUGGGUCUGUUAUUUCCUACAUUUUGUAUAUGUCAUUGGUAAGGAAAUAAGAAUUGAAAAUUCAAAUAAUGUUAAACUAAUGCUUUUUCUUAAGUGUAAAAUUGAUUUUUGCCUUGGUUUGAAAUGUAGAAUACUUGUAGCAAUUGUUGAGCAUUUUAACUGAAAACUAGACUUAAUAAUUAGUAUUUCAGCUUUUUCAUAAGCUGAAUCUAAGACUACUUAUUCUUUUUUUUUUUUUUUGUAUCACGAUGUAUUGGUAUAUGUCACUAUGAAUGAACAUAAGCUUCCAAAUGUCAAUUCACUAACUCUACUUCUAGACUUUAUAUAUUUUAAGGCCAUAUUUGGCAAGCCAACAUUUUCCCUAUUUCUGGCAAUGUAAAAGACUUUCCUCCCAUCUAUAAAUUUAAUGUUCAGAGGAAAUACUUUUCUGGAUAUUUCUUUGGUAAGCUGGGUUUAUAGCCAUACUUGUUGACAAUAUCUUACAUAGGAAGUAUACCAUUAUACUAUGGCCAAGAAUAUAAUUUUUUUAAGUUCUAUUUUAUACAGCUGGAAGUUAAUCUGAAAGAUGGCUUGUUUUAUUAUGUUCCCUGCUUAAGUUUCCUGCUUUGUAUAGUGUAUUGGGAUUGGUAACUUCAAAUAAGAUUCAUGGAAGUAUAUAGGAUAUUAAAUUAAUAAGAUUAUAAUUAUAGUUGGAAUUUUGCACAAUGUACUACCACUUUUUCUAUAAAACAAAAUUGUUGGAACUGCUCACUUUUUGUGAAUGGAAUAUCUUUUUCUAUAUAAUUUGAAUUAUUAAAUAGAUACAUUGAAAAUGUGAAAUAGCAAAGUUGUCAAUAUUGCACUUGUAGAAAUAUAUGUGAUUUAAAAUGUCCUUAGUCUUGUUCUCAAUUAUGCUUGCGGUGAAACUCAUAAAUAAAAUGCUAAUUAAAUCUUCAUUUCUGGAAAUGUUUUACUGAAGCUUGUUGUAAUAAAUAAUGUAAUAUCAACUUUAAGAAUCAUAAACUUGAAUGUAUUUUUUUGGCCUUAAAAUAAAAAGUUUACAUUUUAAAG